UCCAAGAGAGGUGCUGCAUAUUUUUCUAGGCCGGUGUGCAUUUUCCGUUAUUCUAGACCUGUCUCUAUUUUUGUCUUUUUUAGCUCCACCUCAAUAUUGUUUGUAGGAGCCACGGCACAAAAAGAGAGAGAGAGAGAGAGAGAGAUCUAGAGAGAGAAAAGGCCUAUAAAAGUUCAAAAUUUGAGUGUUGCAAAAUUGGGUACUUCGGGGGAUGAACAAGUGAGGAGUUUAUUCUUAUUAUUUUAUUAUUAUGGCUCAUAGAGAUAAGGCUACGAAAAAAGGCGUUAGCAGAGGCGGUUUUAUAGGGACGGUUGCUGCUUCAACCGCGAAUGUCGCCGCCGCUGCGGCUGCCACUGCAACCAUUGCCACCACCAUCACGACCAGUGGCGGGCACGUAGUCACCGUGUCCGACUUCAUUUCGCAGUUUGAUGAAGCUGCGAAAAGCAGGCUCAAUCGCAUGAAUGAAAGGUUGCGGGAGUUGGAACAGCAGAUCGAAACCCUAGAAGCUCAGAUAUGGAAAGCAAGUGACCCUUUCGAUGCAGCUUAAAUCUCUCACUCUCCUCUGCAGAUUGUAAAUAGUUUUCUGACUUUAGAUUACCCCAAUCCUGAGUUGAGAAUGUAGGUGCCUAACAAAUAGAAUUGUUAUUGAGCACUUUCUUUUUUUUUUUUUUUUUAAUCUUUGUUCCCAUGUAAAUUAUCUUUUUGUACAUGUAUCCCUGUGAAUUAAAUAUUACAUAAUUGGUCUUUGAAAUC